GAAUCAACAGCCGCCAUCUUGUCGCGGAUGAGCGUCAGGAUUUCGGGAGAGCAUUAUAUUAUUUUUUACGCACCCGGCUCCAUCGAAACCGGCCCAAAUAGCUUCCCCGCGACGGAAACGACAAGCUUCGGGCGGAAUCGCGGAUCUUUGUGGCGAAUAUUAGCGUAAUGGAGCCGUUUUUGUGGUCGGCUGGAAAACCCCCCGUAUAUCUGAUUUCCCCCUUCAGCGCGAGCGGCGCUCCUGUGCCACUCGCCUAUAUUUAAAUAUAAUUAUUUGCUUUCGAUUUUCAUUUAUAUUUCCGGACUUCGCUGAUUAUUCGACUCGGGCUGGACAUGGAGCUUGAAGGUCUUUAUUUUUAUUCGCAGAAAAUAGCCAUUUUGAACAGAGCCACGCGAGCCACUUGAAGGACCGGGAUUGAUGAUUUUUCUCGCCUCGUCGUUUGUUUCUCGGUUUUAACGAUGAUUUAAUUUAUUUCCGUGGGGUUUGGGGUGAUCAUUAAGGUUAAUUAUGCGGGUUUUGGGUGUUGGAUUAUCAUGGGGUGAAUGGCGGUGGCGGAGCGGGGCGCUGUUGAGUCGCGUUUGAGCCCCAUCUGUUAAUUAUUGGCCCCUGAUCGCUGAAUAAUAAUAGAAAAACCCGAGGGUUGAUUUGAUUUAUUUCGCUUUGUCCCCCCUCCCGGGCUCUCGGAAGACGCAUUUAUUGCUUUAACGUGUUUUUUGUCAAGCGAGAGCGCGCGAUGGCUGAUAAUCUUCUGGAUAUGGGUCCCUCCAGCGCAAAGCGGCCCAAACUCAACUCACCUGCGCUGUCCUCCUCCGACACUCCAGAUUUUGUGUCCUUGUUCGACUUGGAAAAUGAUCUUCCAGAUGAGUUGAUCCCCAACGGAGACCUGGGGCUGAUGUCCAUGCCCUCUAAUGGAGAUGGAGGGGUGGGGAGUCGGAUGGGGGGCACCGUCCCGGACGCUGCUGCCAAGCACAAGCAGCUGUCCCAGCUCCUGCAGGCAGGGAGCGGCUCUGGUCUGGCUGGAAACCUCAGCCCGCAGUCUGGAAUGGGUGGCCAAUUGGGUGCCUUGGGAAAGAGUCCCAUGGGCCAGGGCUCACCCGGUCACCAGACCCAACCCCCAAAGCCGGUCGGCAACCCUACCGGUCAGGGCAACAACAGUCCAGGUAUGGGCCUCAGUGCAGGUUUCAACCCGGCCAUGCUGAACAAUAACAACCAGGCUCAUGGACUCAUGGGGCAGAACAUGGCUCCGCAGGGGCAGAUGAUGAAUGGCGUGAUGGGGCCGGCCGGAAGAGGCAGGGCGGCUCCGGGGAUGCAGUACCAGGGUCAGGCCAUGCAGGCGGCACCGGGCCCUGGGCAAGGGGUCAGCGUUUCUGGCAGCGUGUUGGCGGAGACGCUUACCCAGGGUGCCCCACAGAUGGGGGCACACAAUGCCAUCAAUCCCCAGCAAGCGGGAAACAUGAACAAGAUGGGUCUUGCGACCGCUAACGGCCCGUUCGGGCAGCAGUACGCACAGGGUUCGGUCCAGCAGAUGUCCGGCGCUGGAUUAAACACUCAGAUCCAGAACAAGGCAGCUCUUCCCAACAGCCUCCAGCCCACCCUGAAGGGUGCUUCCAGCGUGCCAAAUCUGCUGCAGCAGCAGGUGCCCUCGGUGGGCAUGGUCCCGGGACAGGGGGUGUCGGCCGGCCCCACGGCCGACCCGGAGAAGCGCAAACUGAUCCAGCAGCAGCUGGUCCUGCUGCUUCACGCCCACAAGUGCCAGCGGCGAGAGCAGGCCAACGGCGAAGUGCGCGCCUGCGCCCUGCCCCACUGCCGCACCAUGAAGAACGUCCUCAACCACAUGACCCACUGCCAGGCGGGGAAAUCCUGCCAAGUGGCUCACUGCGCCUCCUCUAGACAGAUCAUCUCGCACUGGAAGAACUGCACCCGGCAUGACUGCCCCGUCUGUCUGCCCCUGAAAAACGCCAGCGACAAGAGAAACCAGCAGCCGAUGCUGAGCUCCCCGAACACUGGCAUGCAGGCUCCACUGGGCCCGGUGGGCACAAGUCAACCCACUGCACCUAUCAGCAGCGGCACGCACAUAGACCCCAGCUCUAUGCAGAGGGCGUACGCAGCACUGGGCCUCCCAUAUGGGAACCAGCCAGGUGCGCAGACGCAGGUUGCAGGACAGCAGCCCACGCAGACCCAGCAGCAGAUGCGCUCGAUGCCUGCACUAGGCACUAACCAGAUGAACAUCGGCGGUAACGGUAUGGCCGAUCAGACGAGCCUUCACACUGAUUCCUCUCUCCCCUCAUCCCUCAACAACAAUCAGAUGAUGUCAGACGGGUCGAACAUGGGCGGCGCGGGAAACCUGCCCACAGCUGCACCGCUGUCAAUGCCUGGCAUGAAGAAGCCCUGGCACGAGCAUGUCACUCAGGACUUGAGGAAUCACCUAGUGCACAAGCUAGUUCAAGCCAUAUUCCCGACCCCAGACCCUGCAGCACUGAAGGACAGACGCAUGGAGAACUUGGUCGCUUAUGCGCGUAAGGUGGAAGGGGACAUGUAUGAGUCUGCCAACAGCAGGGAUGAGUAUUACCACUUUCUGGCUGAGAAGAUCUAUAAGAUUCAAAAGGAGCUGGAGGAGAAGAGAAAGUCCAGGCUGUCGAAGCCCCAGAUUGGCCCUCAGGGUCCUCAGCAGCCUGGCCUUCCCCAGCCCAACGCUAUGGGACCUGGACAAGCCAUCCGGCCUCCAAAUGGACCUGUUCCUAUGCCCAACGUGCCAAAUCAGUUGAUGACCCGGAUGCAGGUCCCUCAAGGGAUGGGCCAGUUCAACCCUGUUACCAUGCAGAAUGUGCAGAUGUCCCAGUCACCGGUGGGAGCUCCUCGGGCUGCCUCCCCCAUGACCCACCCCACUCAGAUGGGCAUGAGUACCGUUCCAGCGAUGGGUAUGUCUCCCUCCAGGAUGCCGCAGGCACCAGCCAUGAUGGGAGGCCAUGCUAACAACAUGGUGGGCCAGACGCCCAACCAGAACCAGUUCAUGAACCAGACGCCGUUUCCACCUUCAGCCGGGAGCAUGAAUGUGAAUGUAAACCUGGCCCAGCAGUCGGGACAGACUGUCCCACAGCAGCAGCAGAACGCUAACCUGACCCUGAAUCCCGUGGGCCCUCUGGGCACCCCAUCCGCCCUGUGCUCCACCCCUCCUCCACCCUCUGCAUCCACCCCGGCAGCUGCCGCUAACCUACAGCCACUCCAGACCCAGCCUUCCACGCCGGCCUCGGCCGGGGGCCACGUCACGCCCACCCACAUCCCCAGUGGCUUGCCCCGCCCUCCCUCAGUCUUGGGCUCCUCCCCUGCUCCCUCCCAGCCGCUCACGCCCCUGCAGCCCCAGCCUGAGCCCCCCAUGCAGAUGCAGCAGCCCACCUCUGUGCAAGCGCAGCAGCCCAGCACUCCGCUCUCUCAGAUGGCUGCUAGCGUUGAUAAUAGAGUUCCCACACCUGCAUCCGUGGCUGAGACCCACUCCCAGCAAGCUUUGCCACCCGACUACCCUGCUGCUGAACCCAAAACCGAGCAUCAGGAAGACGAGCAGGAAUUUGAGUCUGGGAAAAAGCGGCCUGAUGUCAAGAUGGAGGAUGAAGAUGUCAAACCUCCUCAAGUAAAAGAGCAACCAGAGUCUGUAGAACCUAAACAGGAACCGAUGGAGACAGAGGAGAAGAAACCAGAGGUCAAGACUGAGCCGAAAGAGGAGGAAGUGUCCAGCACCAACAGCACCACACCAUCCGGUCAAUCCGCCCAGUCUCGAAAGAAAAUUUUCAAGCCAGAGGAGCUCAGACAGGCGCUGAUGCCUACUUUAGAAGCUCUGUAUCGUCAAGACCCAGAGUCUUUGCCCUUCCGCCAGCCGGUGGAUCCCACUCUCCUGGGCAUCCCGGAUUACUUCGACAUUGUAAAGAACCCAAUUGACCUUUCCACCAUCAAGAGGAAGCUGGACACCGGGCAGUAUCAGGAGCCGUGGCAGUAUGUUGACGACAUCUGGCUGAUGUUCAACAACGCCUGGCUCUACAACCGCAAAACAUCUCGAGUGUACAAGUACUGCUCGAAGCUGGCCGAGGUGUUCGAGCAGGAAAUUGACCCCGUCAUGCAAAGUCUGGGAUACUGCUGUGGACGCAAGUAUGAGUUUUCACCACAGACGCUUUGCUGCUAUGGCAAACAGCUCUGUACUAUCUCCAGAGACGGCACAUAUUACAGCUACCAAAACAGGUAUCACUUCUGCGAGAAGUGCUUCAACGAGAUUCAGGGCGACAGUGUCACCCUGGGAGACGACCCAGCGCAGCCGCAGACGUAUGUAUCUGCUGAUGCCCAAAAGGCUUUGAGCAUGAUAUCAAAGGAGCAGUUUGAGAAGAAGAAAAAUGACAUGUUGGACCCUGAGCCCUUUGUUGAAUGUAAAGACUGCGGACGGAAGAUGCAUCAGAUCUGUGUACUGCAUUAUGACGUCAUCUGGCCAUCAGGUUUCAUCUGUGACAACUGCCUGAAGAAGUCAGGGAAAUCCAGAAAGGAAAACAAGUUUUCUGCUAAAAGGUUACAGAGCACGAGACUGGGCUCGUACAUCGAGGACCGAGUGAAUAAGUACUUGAAGAGGCAGAAUCACCCUGAGGCCGGAGAGGUGUUUGUACGGGUGGUCGCCAGCUCUGAUAAGACCGUGGAGGUCAAACCUGGGAUGAAAUCCAGGUUUGUUGACUCAGGAGAGAUGUCAGAAACCUUUCCCUACAGAACCAAAGCACUUUUUGCAUUUGAGGAGAUUGAUGGAGUCGAUGUGUGUUUCUUCGGCAUGCACGUCCAGGAAUAUGGAUCCGAAUGUCCCUUUCCUAACACCAGACGGGUAUACAUAUCAUAUCUUGACAGUAUUCACUUCUUCAAGCCUCGGCUGCUAAGAACUGCAGUUUACCAUGAAAUCCUCAUUGGUUAUUUGGAGUAUGUUAAGAAACUUGGAUAUGUGACUGGUCAUAUUUGGGCCUGCCCACCUAGUGAAGGCGAUGACUACAUCUUCCACUGUCACCCUCCUGAUCAGAAGAUUCCCAAGCCUAAAAGACUGCAGGAGUGGUACCGCAAAAUGCUGGACAAAGCCUUCGCAGAAAGAAUCAUUCAUGACUAUAAGGACAUAUUUAAGCAGGCCACGGAGGACCGGCUUACAAGUGCCUACGAGCUGCCCUAUUUCGAGGGUGAUUUUUGGCCCAACGUUCUGGAGGAAAGCAUCAAGGAGCUGGAGCAAGAGGAGGAGGAGAGGAAGAAGGAGGAGAAUACAGCAUCCUCCGAGACAACAGAGGGAACCCAAGCUGACAGCAAGAACGCCAAAAAGAAGAACAAUAAAAAGACCAACAAAAAUAAGAGCAGCGUGAGCCGCGCAAACAAAAAGAAGCCUGGGAUGCCGAAUGUAGCUAAUGAUCUGUCCCAGAAGCUAUAUGCAACAAUGGAGAAGCACAAAGAGGUCUUCUUCGUGAUCCACCUGCAUGCUGGUCCAGUGAUCAACACCUUGCCUCCGAUCAUGGAUCCUGACCCGCUGCUGACCUGCGAUCUGAUGGACGGCCGUGAUGCCUUCCUAACUCUGGCCAGGGACAAGCACUGGGAGUUCAGUUCCCUACGCCGCUGCAAAUGGAGCACUAUGUGCAUGCUGGUGGAGCUACACAAUCAGGGCCAAGACCGAUUUGUGUACACUUGCAACGAAUGCAAGCACCACGUCGAGACACGCUGGCAUUGCACCGUUUGCGAGGACUUUGAUCUAUGCAUUAACUGCUACAACUCCAAGGGCCAUGAGCACCAAAUGGUGAAGUGGGGUUUGGGCCUGGACGACGACAGCAACAACCAGAGCGGCGAAGCCAACAAGAGCCCGCAAGAGAGUCGCCGCCUCAGCAUCCAACGCUGCAUCCAGUCGCUGGUGCAUGCCUGCCAGUGCCGCAACGCCAACUGCUCUUUGCCAUCUUGUCAGAAGAUGAAGAGAGUGGUGCAGCACACCAAAGGCUGCAAGCGCAAGACCAACGGAGGAUGCCCGGUUUGCAAGCAACUCAUCGCGUUGUGCUGCUACCAUGCCAAGCACUGCCAGGAGAACAAGUGCCCCGUGCCCUUCUGUCUCAAUAUCAAGCACAAGCUGCGGCAGCAGCAGAUUCAGCAGCGGCUGCAACAGGCGCAGAUGAUGCGCCGGCGCAUGGCACUCAUGCAGGGCAGAGGAAUGCCUCCAAGUCUGCCCUCCCCAACUACCUCAGGAGGUCCGGGGACGCCCAACUCUCAGCAGCUGCAGCAGCAGCAGCAGCAGCCUAGCACACCUCAGACCCCGCAGGCAUUAGCCAGCCAGCCGCAGCCGCAGCAGCCGCAGCCGCAUCCAAAUGUGGCUGGAAUGGUGCAGCCCUUCCCCAACCAACCGCCUACACCAGGGUCGCAAGGUAAGCCAGGCCCGCAGUCUUCGCCUCUGCCCCAGCAGCAGUCUCCCCUGCCCAUGCCACCUCAACAACAGCCACAGCCCUCUCCGCAGCAGCAGGCUUUGAAGGUUGCGAAACAGAUAGAGAUGAUGACCAAAGUUCAGCAGCAGCAGCAGCAGCAACAGCAACAACAACAACAACAACAACAGCAGCAGCAGCAGCAGCAGCAGCAACAAGACUACAGAAUGAAUAUGAACGGCAUGCCGAUGAACCAACCUCGCAUGAUGACUCCCAUGCAGAUGAUGCCCCCUCGUGGUCCUCAGAUGGUUCAGAACAUGCAGCCUGGCCAGUGGCCAGCUGGGAUGCAAGGAGCCAUGCAGAAUCCGCAGGCGGCUCCGCCGCAGCAAGUGCCACCGCAGCAGAUGGCCAUGGCCCCGCAGCAGUCUCAGGUAGCGCAGGUGCCGCAACAGGCGCCAAUGAUACAGCGCGCCAUGAUGCAGCAACAGCAGCAGCAGCCGCGGCAGAUGCAGCCCGUCAUGCCUCCCCAGCAGGCGCAACCGCAGGCCCCGCAGCAGCAAGGCAUGCAGCAACGAGGGGUGACGAGCAGCAUCGCUCCAGGAGCGCUGCAGGACCUGCUGCGCACGUUAAAAUCGCCGAGCUCGCCUCAGCAGCAGCAGCAGGUUCUCAACAUCCUCAAAUCGAACCCGCAUCUCAUGGCUGCGUUUAUCAAGCAGCGGACAGCGAAGUACCAAGCCAGCCAACCGCAGCAGCAGAACCAGCAGGCCAUGCUCGCUGGUCAGGCGGGAAUGCAAAACAUGGCUGCGAUGCAAACCGGCCCCGUACAAAGACCCGUCAUGCCGCCUCAGCAGGCUCAGCCUGCAGCAAACCAAGCCAUGGCUGCCCUCGGACCCCAGGGGCAGAUGAUGAAUGCUGCGCACAACGGAAACCAGCAGCAGCAGAUGUUCCGCCGGCAAAUAAUGCGUAUGCAGCAGCAGCAGCAACAACAGGGAGCGAUGCCUCCGGGACAAGGGAGAUUCCCGCAACCUCAAGGCGCGGCCAGCUACUCGCAAAUCCGCAUGCAGCAGCAGAUGGCCAUGCAGGGAGGCGCGGGGCCCAUGGGUCAGAUGCCGCCCAUGGCUCAGAUGGGCAUGGAGGCCCAGCAGAACAUUCUGCAACAGCGCAUGCUGCAGCAGCAGCAGCAACAACAACAGCAGCAGCAGAUGCUGAAGCAGCAAAUGGGAUCGCCGGCACAGGCCGCUUCCAUGAGUCCCCAACCCCACAUGCUUGCAGGACAGCCGCAGGGCGCUCACCUGCCCGGACAGGCCAUGGCCAACGCACUGGGCAACCAAGUGAGGUCGCCUGCGCCCGUGCAAUCUCCCCGCCCCCCGUCCCAACAACCGCCACAUUCCAGCCCGUCCCCGCGCAUGCAGCCCCAGCCCUCGCCUCAGCACGCCGCCCUGCACUCCGGCGCGUCCCACCCCAGUCUGGCGGGACCCAUGUCGGGCCCCAUGGACCAGGCUCACCUGUGCACACCCGAACAGAGUGCAAUGCUUCCGCAGCUGAACACGCCAAACCGUGGAGGGCUGACCAAUGACCUGAGUAUGGUUGGGGACACCACGGGAGACACGUUAGAAAAGUUCGUUGAGGGAUUGUAGCAUUAAAAGACAUUGAUUAUGAGGAGAGAGGUGUGCUUUCUACACAGGAAAUUAGAGAAGGUGACAAAAUGAACUGUAAUAGGUUUACACAACCGAUGGACUGCUUUUUCUUCCCCGUUGAGGGAUUGAAAUUACUGUUUAAAGAGCAGAAUCACAAAGGGUAUUUUUCGGGGAGGGUUGUCGGACCGGUCAAAAUGCAGUCCUGGUCUACGAGUUACAUUUUUAAUUGUUUUCGUCGUUUUGUUUUUUUUUGUUUUGUUUUUCGGGGAGGGGGUUAUUUUGAGCUUAUGGACUUUUUAAAUGGAAUUUCUCAAGGCAAAUAUUUGAUUUUAUUAUUGAAGACUUUCGUUUUGUAUGUUUGCAAACUGAAAUGCGUUUUUUUUUUUUUUUGUUUUUGUUUUUUUUUUGGUGAGUGUGUGCGUGUAUAAGGACUGUAAGAUACUCUGUGGAAUUAGGAUCAGGAUCAAUCCUCAUUCCUGUCUGAUACGUAUUCACAUUUACCAGGUUUGGAAAAGGACGCCCCGCCUUUUUCUCUCCAAACUGUGGAGUUUGUACAGAGGACCUGUAUUCAUUUGUACAGAAAGGAGCUUGGCUACUGCACACACGAACACACAAACAUGAACACGCGAGCAAAUUGUGAAAAUUGCUCUUAUUUUUCAAGGUGCCCAAAUGCGUUAAUUUAUUGGCCUGGAUUCAGUAGUUGUCUCUUAAGAUGUAGGAAGAUGUUCCUGUUUUUCUCGUUUGAUCUCUGAAACAUCAAUGAUGUCCCCUCCACCUCGCGUAUGAGGGCCGGAGCUUUGUCUGACUGCUGAUUUGUUCAAAGAGUUCUUCAGUCAACCUCUUUUGUUUUUCUCCUCAUGAAACUUGAAUUGAAGGUGAACGAUUCUUUAAUGUAAAUCAUGCAGCUUGAUGACAUACUGUAAAUAAAAGGAAAAAAGAUUGAGAUCGCUGUAUAAACUGGUUAAGAACUUGUUUCGUACUUAUAUACCAUAUUGUUAAAUAAACUGUGUGCAACAGA